UGUAAACGGUCUUAAAAAGCGGAGUCCCUAAACGUUAAACGUUAAUAGUGAUUUUCUAAUUUAAAAAGAAUUAAAAAAAGUUCAAAUGAGUGGUUCAGGAAAAGGUCUCUUAGGCUUGUGGUUGUACCGUAGUGGUGAACAGGAGUGGUCUGUUAAGCAGGGAAGCCCCUUACAUAAAAAGCCCAUUAAAAAUGAGGUAAAAGAAACCAAAGUUGACGAAGGAUUGAAAAACCCCUCCCCAGGAGACAGGAUAUCGAUAAUUUUCACUCUAAAAAAUCAAGUUGGAAACUUAGCAAGGGCCUUACAAGUCUUUCAGGAAUUGGGAAUAAAUGUGUUGCAUCUGGAGCUGUCUCCACUUGAGAAUACCACCAAUCAAGCUGAUGUUCUUGUGGACGUUGAGUGUGACCGAAAGAGAUUGGAUCAAGUUUUGGUGAUGUUAAAUCGGGAAGUUCAAUCGGUUAAUUAUACUUCGGCUGCAGAUGAGAAUAAUGAAGUUGUUGGAGGAAGAGGCACCCUUUCGGCGUGUUCUAGUUUUGAUUUUGGUGAUAUGGUGUGGUUCCCAAGGAAAAUCUCCGAUUUGGAUAAGGCUCAAAAUGUAUUGAUGUAUGGCUCGGAAUUAGAUGCAGAUCAUCCAGGAUUCAAGGAUCCCAUUUAUAGGAAGAGAAGAGAGCAAUUUAGUGCAAUUGCUAAUUCGUACAAACAUGGAAACCCAAUACCACGAGUUCAGUACACUGCUGAAGAAAUUAAAACCUGGGGAACAGUAUUUGCUGAGCUACAGCGUCUCUAUGUCAAGCAUGCUGUACCUGAAUAUUUGGAGAAUUGGCCAGAAUUAGUUAAAUUUUGUGGAUAUCGCGAGGACAAUUUGCCUCAACUUCAAGAUGUCAGUACUUACUUGAAGCGAAAAACAGGAUUUCAACUUCGGCCUGUUGCUGGAUACCUUUCACCAAGGGAUUUUCUUUCUGGGCUUGCUUUUCGAGUUUUUCAUUGCACCCAGUAUAUUCGCCAUUCAUCGGAUCCAUUCUAUACUCCAGAACCUGAUUGCUGUCAUGAACUUCUUGGUCAUAUGCCAUUAUUGGCAAAUGCUAGUUUUGCUCAGUUUUCUCAAGAAAUCGGGCUUGCCUCGUUGGGUGCAUCGGAUGCUGAUAUCGAAAAACUUGCAACUCUUUAUUUCUUUACGGUUGAAUUUGGGCUUUGCCUCCAACCAGAUAAAUCAUUCAAGGUAUACGGUGCUGGACUCUUAAGUUCCAUUGCUGAACUUACACAUGCCAUCCAGGCAACUGACAAAAUUAAAAAGUUCGAUCCUGAGGUAACUUGUACAGAGGAGUGCAUCAUUACUUCCUAUCAAAAUGCCUACUAUUAUACGGAUUCAUUUGAAGAAGCUAAGGAAAAAAUGAGGGAUUUUGCUGAUAGUAUUCAACGUCCGUUUGGAGUAAGGUACAAUGCUUACACUCAGAGUGUCGAAGUUCUAUCGAAUGCCCAAAAAAUCACCGCUGUUGUGUCUGAGCUGAAAGGAGACCUUAGCAUUGUUUUUUCAGCUUUGCGAAAAAUAUCUGCUCAAGAUGACAACUUGGACCUAGAAGCAGUUGCAAAUAUGCUUCAAACAAGCCUAAAUGUGUGCGGAGAUAAAAGCCCCUUGAACUCUAUAAGCCCUGAUAAUUCUGAUACAUCCCAGAAUUCUAUUGAGGACCGUUUCAAAAAAUAAAUCAAACAAAUGUGGAAAAAUGUGAAAACCGGAAAAUAAAGGGAACAAUUUAUGGUAGGAAAAUAAAUGUUGACUAUAAGAAUAAUGUUUUAAAAUAUCUUAUAAUUGUUAUAUUAUUUCAUAAAUGUUUAACUAUAAACAUUGUGUGUAAAAAUAAAAUGGUUUAGCUGAACGCUUGAGUUUAAAUAAAUUUUAAUGCAACUUC